AUGACCGCUUCACCGCCAGCGUCGCCGACGGGCGCAGCCCCGCGACCCAUCAGUGCUGUCAUGCGCACUCCUCGCAGUACCAGUCGCCUCAGCAUGAGCAGCAGACAAGGGAGCCGUGCAUCCGACGAGGUUGGCAAGACUGCAGUCAAAGUUGCUGUCCGUGUGCGACCACCACUGAAACCCACCGACCCCGGCUACGAUUUAGUCCCCCAGCGAUUCCAACGCUCAAUGGUCCAAGUCGUCGAUUCCAAUAACCUGACCGUCGAUGUCCCCAAUGCUCAGAAGUGGUUUACCUUUGACCGCAUUUUCCCCGAAACCACCGAGCAGGAAGGCAUCUGGGAAUACGUCAGUGAUAGUCUUAACUCGUUCCUGCAAGGUUACAAUGUCUCGAUUAUGGCGUAUGGUCAGUCCGGUGCCGGAAAGUCAUUCACCAUGGGUACUUCAGGCCCCAAUGAACAGAAGAUUGCGCAAAAUAUGGAGCCCACCCAGACCAUAGCUGACGAGGAAAUACAGAUCUACAACGAACACCUCAGAGACUUGCUGCUUCCAGACUCCACCCCUACAAGCGACCGCAGCAACGUUACAAUCCGCGAAGACACCAAGGGCCGCAUAAUUUUAACCGGCCUCCAUCAAGUCGAGAUCAACUCUUUCGACGAUUUGAUCGGCGUCUUGAACUUUGGAUCCGCCAUCCGCCAGACAGACUCCACCGCGAUCAAUGCCAAAUCAUCCCGGUCGCACGCCGUGUUCAGUUUGAAUUUGGUCCAGCGGAAAACUAGCGGCGGACCAGCGACUCCCACACCCAAGGAAAAGCGGAUGUCCAUGCCCGCGGACUCCUUCAACAACGGCGACUCUUUCACUGUUGACAGCAAGCUGCACUUUGUAGAUUUGGCUGGCAGUGAGCGGCUGAAAAACACCGGGGCUUCCGGUGAACGCGCAAAGGAAGGAAUUUCCAUCAACGCCGGUCUAGCAGCACUCGGAAAGGUCAUCUCACAACUUUCAAAACACCAGGGGUCCCACGUUUCCUACCGUGACUCCAAACUCACCCGCCUACUCCAGGAUUCCCUAGGUGGGAACGCGUAUACCUACAUGAUUGCUUGUGUUACCCCGGCGGAGUUUCACUUGAGCGAAACUCUGAACACCCUUGAAUAUGCGCAGCGGGCGAGGAAAAUCCAGAGCAAGCCUCGCAUUCAGCAGAUCAGCGACGAUGGAGACAAGCAAGCCUUGAUUGACCGGUUGAAGGCCGAGGUGAACUUCUUGCGUCAACAAAUUCGCAGCAGUGAAGGAUCUGAGCGAAGGGAUGGUGGCUUCGCUGACAGAAGCGAGCGCAAGCAUGAGCGCGAGAAGCAUCUCCAGAACCAGCUCCUGGAUGUUCAAGAGAGCUACAAUUCCCUCAGCCAGCGCCAUGCUAAGCUCAUCUCAACCAUGGCCAAUGACUCAGAGUCACACACCAACGGCGAGACGGAUGAUGCCACUUCGGAAAUCGGAAAGAGCUCGGUUGAGAGAAUGCAGCGUUCGAAGUCUUUUGCAGAAUCUGUCGAACAGAUGGUUCUGGAGUACGAGAAGACUAUUCAGAGCCUGGAAGCCUCGCUCUCUGACACUCGGUCCUCCUUGUCCACCUCAGAGAGUGAUCUGCUCGAGCGUGAGACCAAGUGUGCUUACGUUGAGACUGUGCGGGAUCAACUUCAGGCCCGCGUUCAGAAAUUGCUAGACCGAGAAGCCAGCACCGAGACUUAUUUGCAUGAACUAGAGUCCAGGCUUGACGGCCACUCUGGUGGUGAAGAAAAGCAUGCCGCCAUUGUUGCAGAGCUUCGCAAGGAGCUUAGCCGCGCUCGUGACAGCGAGGCGAGCUGUGAAGAGUAUAUUUCUACCCUUGAAGAACGUCUCUCCGAGGCUGAUCAAGAUAUGGAACUUAUGCAACGUGAAGUACUGCGACUGGAAAAUGUUGUUGAACGCCAGCGAGGCCUCGGCCAGCUAGACACCCUGCUCAGCCAACUUGAUCAGCAUGGUGGCGAGGGUGUAAAUGGAAACCACUCGCAGAAUCAUCAAGGCAGAGGCAUGCAGUCUGCCCAUAGACACACGCCAUCUCUGGAUGUUCUCAACGAAGCAGCUGAGACGGCCAUUCCAGAGUCCGAUGAGGAUCUUGUCGGCCCUAUCAUGGAGGUCGAAGACGAGGCUUCUGUCCACUCAGACUCUGACACCGAUGUUGCCGGCGAGGACUUGAAGGUUUUGGAAACCGCCACGAGCAGAUUGGAGGCCCGACGCUCAGAGGCUGCCUACGAGGAUCCCAUCUCAAGCCCUGCACAGUCGAAAUUCGUUGCCGACAAGCUGGAGACUGUCACCCAGGAGCUGUUCGAUCUGCGUAUGCAGCAUGAGAACACCGUAGGUGACUUUGAGAUUCUAGAGUCCAAGUAUGAACAGGCUCUCAAAGCCCUCGCCGAGCUUCGCCAAGACAAGAUCGAUGAAGCCCGCCACACGGCUCCUAUUCAAACUGAACAUUCGCCACGCCCUUCCUCUGAAGAUGGAUCUAAGGCAAUUUCAUCCGCCCCAUCAACCCCCCAGGUCCUUUCUGCUGUUCAAAUGGACCCAGAGGAAGCAGAGAACAUGCGCAAGAUUCUCGCCGAGCACCAAGAGAGUGCCGAACUCAUGACUCAGAAGUACACCGAGUUGCAGACUGAGCACGAAGAGAUUCUUGUACUGGUGGAGCAGUUGAAGGCCGAAGCUCAGCGUGCCAAGUCGAGCUCGCCGCCUUCGACCCCUGGGUUCAAGAUGAUCCGUCGCAUGACCAGCCAGAACCUGCUGUCUGGUGUGGACCGCGCAACUCGCGCCCUGACUGGGCUGAGAUUGAUUGCUACCGAGGAGUUUGCCGAAAAACCAGAUGCUAUGCACAACUUCGAUUACCACUUGGAUCAAACCAUGCACGAGCUGCAAAGCCGUAUGGAGCGCCUCCAAUCCCUUGAGACUGAGAACCAGGGUGUGAAGAAGGAAAUGGAAAUGAAAGCUACUAUCAUCUCUGGUCUGACUAGAGAGCGGUCCAGCUUGACGGGCGCGUCGCCUGUGGAUAUGGCUCUGGUCUCUCAGCUGCGCGAUCAGGUCGUCUCCCAGGAGGUGCAGAUCAACCAGCUUCGCGAAGCCCACGAAACUCGCCAGAAGGAGCUGAUGGCCGAGAUCGAGACCUUGAAGGGUCUCUUGAAGUCCCAGGAGAGUGCUACUCGGGCAAUGGAUGCUGGCGCCGAGGAGUCCGAUAAGAAGAUUGAUGCUCUGCAAGGUGAGCUCACUGAAUGGCAAGGAAAACACCAGAAUGCUCUGGUUUCCCUGCAAUCCUCGGAGACGCAGCUUACGAGCACACUUGCUGAACUGGAGAGUGCUUUGGCUUCUGUUGAGGCCAUGCGAUCUGAGCGUGCUGUCAACGGCGGUGAGUCUACCGAAAGGGAGACUACUGCUCGAGAGCUCGAGGGUGGUCGAGUUGAACAACAAGACCUUGUGGACAGCUUGAAGCAUGACAUCGAAGGCCACAAGUCUACCAUUGCCACUCAGCUUGCAACUAUCGCUGCUCUGGAGAAGUCUCACUCUGCUGCUCAGGGUGAACUGGCUGCCCAAACCACCACCGAAGAAGCGACCAAUGCUGGGGCCGUCGACCUGGGUCUCACCUCCAGGGCGUCUGACCUUGAGAAGGAAAUAUCCUCUCACAAAUCCGUUCUUAGCGCGCGUCAGGAUGAACUGGUUACCCUCCAGGAAUCUCACAAGCAACAGCUGGCUGAGCUAGAAGAGCGCACCAAAGCUGCGGCGCAGGCUGAUCAUGAUGCUCGCAUUGCUGAGAAGGACGCGGAGCAUGAACAAUCUAUGGCUGCUUUGCAGAAGGAUAUCGCGGAAUCUCGCGAUGAGUUGGUCAAAUUGCUGAAUGCUGUUUCGACUAUUCUCAAUUCUGAGGUGUCUGCCGAAACACUGGCAGACCAGAUCCAAGAUGUCCUGGCUCAAAAGCAGAACUUCUCUGACAAGUAUGCCGAACUCUUAGACACCAAUGAGGGUCUCCGCAAGCAGCUUGAGGCCAACGGGGAGUCUGACAGCCGCCUGGACGAGUUGACUAAGAAGAACAACGUUCAGGAUGCCAAGGUUAAUGAGCUGGCUCUCUUGGUGGCUACAUUGGAGGAUACUCUUCGCCAGAAGGAUGAGCAGGUCAAGAAGAAGGAAGCCCUCGUUGAGGAAAUCACCAUUGAGAAGCAGAAGAGCGUGCGACUCGUCGAAGAGUUGGAGGAGCAGAUCACCAACAGCUUCGACCAGCACCACAACCGUUUGUCUAUUAUCCAGCAAGAGCGUGACCAAGCACUGGAAGACGCCAAGGCCAAGAUCGUGAUCUACGAAGGCGAUAUCGAGACUUAUCAAGUACGGAUCGAGCAGCUGGAACUUCAAAUCAAGAACACCGGCAACUCUGACGGCUCUCAUGACCGCAGCAGCUCCCUCACAUCAAACCUCCGCAAGAGCUCAUCUGCCACCUCCCUCCCCUCGCCUCCACCGGCAAUUCCACUCCCUCCCCUUCCGACCAUCGCUUCCCAGUCCAAUGGUUCGUCAAGCGUCUCCCCGCCUAGCUCCCGUCACGCUAGCAAGGAGCUCGUCAAUUCUCAGAUGGCCGAGGACCAAGAAGCCCGCAUCCGAACAAUUGAAAAACAUCUCUACGCCGAGAAGCAGCUCACCGCUACUUUGGAAGAAGCACUCGGUGACCUUGAGACACAAAGCAGCAAAGUCAAGAGCGACUGCGAAGCAUGGAAGAAGAAAGCCUGGGGCUUUGAAGACGAACUCAAUUCUCUACGAAAGGAACGCAGCUCUGCCCGACUUUCCCUUCAAGCUGUUGAGGAAGAGCGCAACGCCCGCCGUGAAGCAGAGGCUGCCCGUGCUCAACUCGAGGAGCGCAUGCUUGCUCUUAACAAGAAGAAGAAGAAGAGCACUCUCAACUGCUUCUAA